CUUUUGCCUUUUCCAUCUCAUGCACUUUUUAUUUUUUGCCACCUUCCUUUGCACCUUGUCUUGCUUGCAAAAUUUAGCUACCCAAUUCCUCAUUUCUCAAGUUUUCUUAUAUUCCAUCUCUCUAUGAUCCAAGGAAGCUUUGAUUCUUCAUGUUUUAUUUAUAUAACUUAUGCAAGAAUGAUAUUUAAACUCUUCUUUGCAUUAACACCAUUGGUGCUUCUCUUAGCUUCUCUGUCAUUGUUCUUGACAAGCAAGGAAAGUUCAAAAACAAAUAGAAUUUUAGAGACAUGGGUUCUCAUGUUGCUCGAUAUUUCACCAUCUUCCUCUACUUUUUUUUCUUCACCUCAGGCUCAAGUGUUGCAGAAACACCUCCUCUGGAAGAAAUCCAGAAAAACAGAAUAGCAGACAAUCAAGAAAACCAAAUACCCUUCUCAUCUCCAGUCUUCACCACCCAAUUAGACACUACAGGAACAAUUCCCAUUGUCAACCCAACAACUCCUGGAACAACAAGCCCAAUUGUAAAUCCAAUAGAGUCACCUCCAGCACCAACUAUAAUCACAACAACGCCUCCAGCACCAGCUGCAGUCACAACAACACCUCCGGCUACUGGAACUCCAACCUCAUCAGGAGGAUCGUGGUGUAUUGCAAGUCCAACUGCUGCAGAAACUGCUUUACAGGUAGCUCUUGACUAUGCCUGCGGCUAUGGCGGUGCAGACUGUUCAGCAAUUCAAUCAGGUGCAAGUUGUUACAACCCAAAUACUGUCAGGGACCAUGCUUCUUAUGCCUUCAAUAAUUAUUACCAGAAGAAUCCAAUUCCUAACAGUUGUGUAUUCGGCGGAACGGCACAACUUACCAGCACUGACCCGAGUAGUGGAAACUGUCAAUAUGCAUCACCCAACUCAACACCCAGCUUAAGUCCACCAGUGAACCCAACCCCAAUGACUCCAACCACUACAACCACCACUCCGACUACGAUGACUCCACCUAUAACAACCACACCCUACGGUGUGGCAGAACCAACAGGCUUGCCCAGUUCAGCCACCUCUGUUUCAUUCAGUUUCCUGCUCCUCUGUUCUCCAAUGGCUACUGUGGGAUCAAUUCUUCUUGCAAAUCAUCUCUAAGCAUAUGGGAAUCGAGUUUAUUUCUCUCUUAAAUGAGACGGCAGUUUCCUUGGUUGUCGCCAAAUUUCGUCAACUUCUGCGGAGGCAGUGAGAGUCAACUUCAAGAUGUUCUCUCAUUCUCACCAUACAUCUAUUUGCUAUACUCCAUUAUUGAAUGCUUAUUAGUUUAUUAAGAAACCCACAGAAAAUGAAGAAGAGCAUAAAACAUCUUAGGUUCUUGUACUUGUAGGCAAGUUAGAUUAGUCACCUUCUCGUCAGCUUUAGCAUAAUAAAUUACUAGUAAGAUUCUAUGGUUUUAGAACUACAUAAACAGAGAAGAAAGAUGUAAUUGUUAUUGGCGAUCACAUGAACUUAUUGAAUGAGAUAAA